UUCUUCUGAGGCUGCUAGAUGGAUCUAAAGCUUCCACACUGCUCUUUGUUCAAAUUAUCGAACCUUCCGAUUCUAGACUUACACGAAAGAGACCGAGGCCAAGUAAUGUGGACUGGGAUAAAGGUAUCAAUCGCAGGGGCUUAUGGGGGUUUAGUUUGUCGCUCAGAUAUUGAUUACUAUUAAAUCAUACCAUUAUCUUUGAUUUCAAGAUGUCGGCAAAUGCGGCGAAAAGUAUAAUUCGUCAAAUUUUGGCGAGUUAUGGGUCAACUAAAGGCUUUGACAGGGUUGGCAGGAAGAUUGAGCUCCUGUCAAUGUCAAAAGGAAAAGCUUCUUUCAAAAUGAAAGUUGAAGAAAGUCAUCAGAAUCCAAUGGGCAACCUCCAUGGUGGAAUGACAGCUACUUUGAUUGACAUGUUAACUACAAUUGUGAUAACUACAUUGCCCCCACACAAGGUUGCUGCCAGUGUUGAUUUGAGCAUCAGCUACUUAAGGCCAGCUCCAGUUGGAGAAGAUGUUAUUAUAAAUACAGAAGUUAUCAAGAUGGGUCGUACACUGGCCUUCACUGCUGCUGAACUUUUAAACAAAGAUGGCAAACUUGUGGCAAAAGCCAGACAUACUCAAUUCAUUGGGGAAGGGCAGCCAACACCAUUCACUGACAUGCAGGAAUCAUAAUUUUUAAGAAAAUGUUGGAAUUCUUCAAACAAUAUCAACCUAGCACUAGUUUUUUAGUUAAACCCUUCUCCAUCCUGGAAAUGCAAUUGUCUUUGGGAUCCCUUCCCUCCUGAUAUUUAAAUAACUUUCCAUAGGUAAAUAUAUCUUCUGGAUUUAUUAUUAUGCAGAAAUGAUAUAUGAGCUACUUCUGUUUUGAAACAAGCAUAUAUUUUUCCAUGCCUGUCAUGGGAGGAGCAUUUUAGAAAUUCAGUCUUAUUAUCUCUCCAAUUCAAAAGAUUGUAAAAAAAAAUUGAUUGAGAAAAGCCAAGCCUAAAAAAAUGGGUGGAGUGAAUAAAUUUGAUACUUUCCUUA